CGCUGAAGGAGACGCAGCGGGAAACCCGGGCCAGGCGGCUAGGCCCGGCGAAGCGCGAAGGCGGCGCCAUGGCAACGCCGGGUAGGAUGUGGCUCCUCUGCUGCUGUCAUUAGCAGAGCCUCUCACUCUUCCUGCCCUCCGACGGAAGAUCAGCUCAACUCCAGCAAUGCAGAACCAGGGGUCUCAAAGAACGAUCCUAACAACCUCUCCUGCGAGGACAGCGACCUUCUCCAGGAUAACUACAUUUAGUGCUUCCCAUAGGCUGGCCUGCAAGAUGCUGAGCGAUGCAGAGAAUAUGAAGCUGUUUGGGCCGUGCAGUCAGAUGCAUGGGCACAAUUAUAAAGUUGUGGUAACUGUCCAUGGAAAAAUUGAUCCCACUUCUGGGAUGGUGAUAAAUCUGGAGGAUUUGAAAGCAUUCAUGAAGGAAGCCAUCACAAAGCCCCUUGACAAAAAGGAUCUUGACCGAGAUGUCUCCUACUUUACCAACAUUGUAAGCACAACCGAGAAUCUCGCUGUAUUCAUCUGGGAGAACCUCCAAAAGCACUUGCCUGCAACGGCUCUUCAUAAAAUAAAACUCUACAAUACAGAUGAGAGCAGCGUUGUCUAUAGGGGAGAAAUGCCAGCUCCAUCGACUGUUGUGAACGCCUGCAAAAUGCCCCCCACAGAUGACCAAAGGAAGCUUUGUAGCAGUCCUAAAAAUAUGUAACUGCUGGUCACAAUUGCGCCCUUCCUGCCAUGUGCUCCAUUUGUGGGCUUAGGGAAAAUCCACUGAUCCUUCACAGGUUACAAAGUCUGAACCCACAGGCGUGUCCAGCACUUGUAUGUAUUCAUGCGCACACUACCAAGGGGUUUAGAAUCUUUGGCUAGAGUUAUGAUGUGCAUCCAUUAUGAGUGCAUUUUUCUCUAACCCAAUGCCCCCAAGAGGUUCGUAUACAAAAGUAAUAAAGAAAGCUUGGUUUAAGACAUGGAAUGAAAGUGACAGAAUAUAUAAAUGCUGCUUCAGACAGCAAAAUUUCAAUUUAAGCAGCCAGCAAAUCUUACAGUACAUAGACACCUUGAUUUAAAGAGUGAAAGAAUCCCUAACUAUUCUCAAAAGCCUACAGAAAGUGAGUGGGAAGUGACAAUUUUGCCACUGAACCCCAUGCUAAUAGCAAGUCAAGGAAUGAAGAGGGAAGGGUAUACCUGUCCUUAAGGGCAAAACAUAUGUUGGUUCCUUAAGAGUGUGACUAGGUUCGUUAUUGGACCUUGGAGCGCUGACAAACCAUUGAGAAUAUAAGGUUUUUGUAGUAAUUUUAGCCAAUGCAAUCUAAUGAAAACGGGAAAUGGGCUUUGAGAGGAGAGAUUUCUAUAACUCCAAUAGUUUGAUUGUCAUGUUGUUUCUUCCCAAAAUUUCCCAUUUUGUUUAUUCUGCUUAAUUAAAAGUUGAAAAAGUAUAAUCCUAGUGAGCAAUGACUAAACUGGUUAUCCUUCUUUGCUUCCUUGUUAUCAUGGCAGUUUGCCUGGUAGCAAGCAUUCUUUAACGGGAGAUGUUGAUUAGAUUUUACUGGUAACUAGAUUACAUGUACUGAUCUUUAUUCAAGGUAUUAGGAGCUCAGGAGUCUUCCAGGGCAUGUUUGAGGUAAGAUUGGUACCAAGGUCAAGAAAGUUCAGAAUGGGGAUCUCCUUAUGUCAACCUUUUUAUUUGUGCCAUGAUCUUCAGUAAUAAACCAUAGAAAAAGUUCAGAAUGACACACACUGCAGACACACAUACACAC